AAAUUAGAAACUCAAUUUCCUCUCGGCAGCUCUUCUUCCUCCAAUGGGAUCUUAGGGGUUCGAGAAUCGAUUAAUCUCAGGAACUCUACUCGUUCAUUGAAAGCCCAACUUCCGGUUUCCCGUUGCAGAAAUCAACCUAUUCUGAUCACAUUUCGGCGAUUUCCAGUCAAUCUAACGUAAUGGCGCUGAGUAAAAAUGUCUUCUGCUGUUGUCAUAUUGAUGGGGUGAUCAUUAUGGGAUCAGAUCGAUCAUUGCAACACAGAGGGAGACGAACUGUUGGUGUCAUGGUGGAUAAUGAAACGACAUUUAACGAGUUAAUUGAUUUAGUCAAUGCUGCUGGAAUGAGUGACUUGCUUCUUUUUAGUGAUCGAUAUGCACAUGUUUAUGUGAGAAGUUCAGCCCCAAUGCAAAUUGGCUUAGACGUUUGUACUAUGAAGCCUAAUGAGGAUCAGCUCAAAGUGUGCCAGGGUUUGGCAAGCAACUCCACUGUUAGUAGCAAUGUUGAUGAGAAUGAUGCUGAUCCACCUACGACCCAUGUAAUCGAGUGUACAGCUUCUACAAAAAGCAGUUUUACUUCUCAAUCAUGGAAGAAUGAAAUUAUUGCUACUGGACAAUCAUUCCAAGAUGCUGUUGCAUUUAGGCAAGCACUUUACAGUUAUAGUGUGGCACACAGGUUUGCAUACACAUUUCGAAGGAACACAAAGUCAUACAUUAGUGUUUACUGUAAAGUAGAAGGCUGUCCCUGGCAUUUAACUGCUUAUUGUGUUGGAGAAACUAAAUCUACGAGGUGGGAACUUUUAUCAGCAGGCAUUCACACUCAGCUGAAGAUGGUAUUUGUGGUCUAUCUCAUGGGAGACUGAUUAGUAGUUUCAGCCUAGAGACGCUUAAGUUGCAAGCAGACAUGACCCCCCAUGAAAUUCGAGCUUGUUUUGGAUGAGCUUGGAAUUACAUUAAAUUACAAUCACGCUU